AUGGCACCUUCGAAGUGGGAUGAUGAGGAGGAGAGCUCUUCCCCCCCUCCCCCUCCUGUGGCUGCCCGCCGCAAGUUCGAUGAUGAGGAAGAGGAUGAAGUUCUCGACUCCUGGGACGCCGCCGAAGAUUCCGAAGUAGAGAGGGAGAAGGAGGCCAAGGCGAAGGAGGCCAAGGCCAAGGCCGAGGCCGAAGCGGCCGCAAAGAAGAAGAGCAAGGCGCAGCGGAUACAGGAGCACAAGGAAACCCGGCGACAGGCGCAGGACGAGGCCGAGGACUCUGAGAGUGACGAGGACGAGGCCGAAAAGCGCGCUCGUCUGCGCCGCACCGAGAAGGAUGCCGACCUCAAGCACGCCGAGGACCUCUUCGGCGACAUCGACCUGAACCGCAAGCGUGGCGCCCCCAAGGCCGUGGUGAUCAGCGACUCCGCCGACCCCACGCAGGCCAUCGACCUGUCGGCCAUGCCGCUCUUCAAGCCCGUCACCAAGGACCAGUUCACUCGGUUGACGGCCACCCUGGUCCCGCUGCUGACGCCGCAGUCGAAGAAGCCCCAGUACGCGCUGUGGGCUCAGGAUUUCACCAAGCAGCUGGUCAAGGAUCUGUCCAGUGGCGACAUCAAGAAGAUCGCCAGUUCGCUGACCACCCUGAGCAACGAGAAGAUGAAGGAGGAGCGCGCCGCUGAUAAGGGCAACAAGAAGACUAAGGCGGCCAAGACUAAGGUCUCGCUGGUGGCCUCGAGAGAUAACAAAAUCGAUGAGUCCUACGAUGAUGAUGGAUUGGGCGACGACGACUUCAUGUGA